UCGCAAGAGAUCCGCGAUCAAGCAGGCUGCGAAGUUCAGCCAGCAGUAGCGUUGUUGCGGUCCGUGUCUUGUGUGCAUUUACGCGCGCUUUCGAGUUUGCGCAUUUGCUUACGAGGCGUGUAAUCCGCCUCCUCAAAGCCUGUGCCUGUUCGCACAGACGCGGGCAGGACAAUGAACGUAUACGUUCUUCUGAGCCUGGCCAUUGUUUUCUUGACGACAUUCGUCGACUACGCUCUUGCAACAACAUGUACCAAAGAAACAUUCGGCAGGACCCAGUACUUCACUUGCCCGGGUCCCGUGGACCGACCAGUUGCGCAAUAUUGUUGUGGCACCAAGAAGUUCCGAUACUGCUGUGAUCUGAGCAACUACUCGGAUGCCAUCAAGUCUGUGGGAGUGAUCAUCGGUGUGAUCAUAGUGAUCAUUGUAGCCUUGGUGGUAGUCGUCAUUGUUUUGUGCUUCUGCUGUAGCUGCUGUCUCCUGGCCAAGCGGAGACAACGAAGAGGCCAAGUCCUUGUAGGCGGCGGCCAGACGGGAAGUGCGGCAGCCACAGCAGCGCAGCCUAUGGUGCCUCCUACAGUGACCCCAUAUGUUCAACAGCCUUACCCUCAGCAGCCGUAUCCUCACCAGCCACCUGCGGCCUACCCGGUGCAGCCGGCACCCGUGGGACCCACCAUGCCUACUCCGAAUUUUGGGUACUACGCGUCGCCGUACGGAAAUCCACCCCCGUACACAGACAAUGUGAUGCCCGUGCAGCAGCCACCACCGAUGCAGCAACCCCCGUACAACCCUAGCUACCCGGCAAAGUGAGUGUCUGAGAGUGGAUGUGCAAUGCGGCGUGAUGUGCAGCACCCCGAGCCACAGACUGGUGUCGAAAGGUGGUUCUGGGGAAUGUGGCCUGUGUUAAGAGCGACAACGUUUAGGGAUAUGUUUUGACAUUGUUGUGCACUUGUCAUGUGGUCUUGGUUUACACAGAAGCGUGCAAGCGGAUGGUUUCUUCUUCGUUACAAUGCUUGCCGAGUAUCGGUAGUUUGAUCGUAUCUGAACAAGUUGUGGUGGGAGUUACAAGGAAGGUGGCAUACUUUGUAACCGUACUUUGUAACUGUGUCCUGAUGCACGUGGAGAUGUAGGGAAAUAACCGGCGAGAAUUGUGGGAGCAGCUUUUGCAGUUUAUAACUUGUAUUUGUGGGGCACGUGAACGUAAUCAUUUGUUCUGUGAAUGUGCAUGCGUUCACUUUCAGGUGUUCAUGGAAACAAUAUCCAGGGACACUUUGUCAUGGAAUUAAGGCAUUGAAAAUGCAGUACUUUCUACAGGAUGAUGUCAUACAACUGUUCGUGUGUAACUGUGCCAGGUAUCUCUGAUGACACUGUGGACAAGGUUGCAAGUGUCUACAGGCUGUGCGGAAAAAGCACGUCGAGACGUCUUAACAGACUUUUGUGCUGCUUAGUUAUUCGGCCGAUGCUGUGAUAAACAUGGCGCAGUCUUCAAAUUUGUUUUAGUCGAUCCAUCGGAAACGUGUGCACAUGGAAACCAUGGGGUGAAGCUUCACUCAUGUUUUUACUAUUGAGGCAUUUUGUGAUGUUUUUAAGGAAGGCUGAGAACCGUGACUCAAUAGAGUGCUUUUCUUGAACCUAGUGGCAUUAUGGAGCUCCCUUUGCUGCUUGUACGUACACUGCAGUGAAAUUCUCAUUGAGAAUUCGGCGAGCUCAAGUGAGUAUGCUGGCCGUCAGGCAUGCCACAGCAUAUCACAUAUUUCAGUUUUUUUUCUAAUUAUGCUUGGUAACCGUCAAGUAAGUCAUUAUUUCUUUUUACCUUCUUCAUUGCCUAACUUUGAAUACAGCAGUGAGCAGUGAAACAAGGUAAGGAGGUGAAACAACAAUUUAUUCUUGCAAACUUGGAAGCAGCAGAUGUAGAGAAGCGUUUAUGUAGUUGUAGCAUGUCUGACGCCGUUUUGAUGAGUUGGUGAUGUUUCUGUCGGUGCUUUAUUAGAUGACAGCUAGACUUUAAAAGGCCUCGUAUCUGGACUGAGUUCGCAACCAUACUUUUCGAGAUAUGCACCUGUGGUUUGACAAAGUCGGUCUAUCAAACUUCAGUUACAUCAAGGUGUUGAAGAUGACUAGUAUUCUUGCUUAGCGGAAGCUCCUUCAGCAUUCCAGAUGUUUGCUGCCAAAAUUUAAUCACAGUACUCUAGCAAGCCUGUGUCCUUAGUUGGGGGUGUGUUAAUCUCUUGUACUUAGGUUGGAAAGACUUGACUGUAAAAACGGGUAAAUGUAGUGUUUGAAAAGCGUGGAUUGCAAGGAUUUCAUUGCAGAAUGUGUUCUAGCUGCGCGUGAAUGUGUACAACAAAUUUGGUAGCACAAGAGAACAUGCAGCCUGAAAAUGGGGACCAGCAGGUUGUAGUACCAUCCCGUAACUGUGACCCAAAUAUGUACGCAGUUCAAAAAGUGUCUUGGUAUAAUGCAGGGCAGACAAGUGCCUGUGCUCCACUAACUCCCACAGGCUUUUAGCAAAAGUUACCUCAUUGCCAAACAGUAUGUAGCGCUGUAGCUGGUGUCACACUUUUUUUGUGUGUUUAUGUUCAACACCUGUACAUAUACAAGUAAGUAUUUUCUUUUUUGUUCUGUCCUCUCUUCUCAACAUAAGCUCAAGGCAAUAUGAAUUCUUUCACCGAUGAACUGCAUUUGUCCACUUUAGGUCGAUUGAAAAGAAACUCUUAAUACAGCGAUAUUUGCAACCCAGAGAACUUAAUGGAAAUCGGUGUGUGGCAUUGAGGAUUGCCCUAAAUUUCUUCAUUUAUUUUAAACCUUUUUUCUUUAUUGUAUUCUCUCAUAGUGUCGUUAAUAGCGUCAUAGUCUCGUUAAAAGAGGGAUCUUGAGGGAGCACAGACUAAGCACUUCCACCUGCAUCUACUGCAUCACUUUAUAGUGUCUUUCAUGUCUCUGAGUCACAAUGGCCUCCUACAACGAAAUGCUGCACUGGAGAUAACCGCGAGCUGUGCACUUUAGACGCAGUGCAGACCAUGCAAUCUUUGUGGGAAUUUUGUGCUGUGCUGUUCUAUACCUGUGGCUGCACCUGCGUGAUUUGUUUCUGUGCCAGAGCAUUGUAAAAUACUCUGUAGGACAGGUUGAACUUUGUCGACAACGUAGAGUGAUGCAACCGCAGCAGCGAACCAUUUCGUAAUAGUGACAUCAUGCAUUGAGCCAGGACGGAGAUAGAAUGCUGUUCUUGCGUUAGAAUUGCUGGUGAGCCUUUGUUGCUACUUAUUCACACGCCUUCUGAGAGUUCCUGUUUGCACUCCUGAACCCUGUGUGAAGUGUGCGUUGGCUGUGUACAAACCUUAAGCGUUAGUGAGGUUCUAUUUGUGAUUGUCGAUUCAGUGGCUUAACAUACCGUGAGUGAGGACUGGGACUGAAAUUGCAUGACAUUGUCUGUAGCUGCCAGCUGCCUUCGACCCAAGAACAAAUUGCCUCUAAGAACUUGAUGAGAGGAAACAUGUGGUAAAUUUGACAUAGCGGAUAUAUAUUAGAAAGAACUGUGACUUUUUUUGCACGGACAGGGAGAGCACAGAGAGGCCAGGCAUCAACUCUUGACUCAUUUUUGUGAAGCUGUAGCAACAUGUCUGUUGGAUAGCACAAGUUGAU